UCUAUAUAAACCAUAUCAGAGCACUUGUACUGCAUCAUCAUCAUUCAUACCAUCAAAUCCUAAAGCACACAACAACUGAAAAAACAAACACCUUUCUAUCUUCUUUGUUUGGUUUGGCAAUGGAUCUAGCUAAACACACAAGACUUCAAAUAUUGGGAUGCAUACUCCUGGCAUCACUUGCAUUAACAAUGGCCGAUACACCCCCGGGCAUAGCCAAGAACCCAAGCCACGCAACAUGUAAGAUCAAGAAGUACAAACAUUGUUACAACUUGGAACAUGUUUGUCCCAAGUUUUGCCCUGACUCUUGCCAUGUCGAAUGUGCUUCUUGCAAACCCAUAUGUGGUCCUCCUUCCCCUGGCGACGAUGGUGGCGGCGAUGACAGUGGUGGUGAUGACGGUGGAUACACUCCUCCUGCUCCUGUUCCACCAGUUUCACCACCACCUCCUACACCUUCCGUGCCAAGCCCUACUCCACCAGUUUCACCACCGCCUCCAACUCCUACACCAUCUGUGCCAAGUCCCACUCCACCAGUUUCACCACCACCUCCAACUCCUACACCGUCUGUGCCAAGUCCCACUCCACCAGUUUCACCACCACCUCCGACUCCUACACCUUCCGUGCCAAGUCCCACCCCACCAGUUUCACCACCACCUCCGACUCCUACACCUUCUGUGCCAAGUCCCACUCCACCAGUUCCUACUGAUCCUAUGCCAAGUCCCCCUCCGCCAGUUUCACCACCGCCUCCAACUCCUACACCAUCUGUGCCAAGUCCUCCUGAUGUUACUCCCACUCCUCCUACGCCAUCUGUGCCAAGUCCUCCUGAUGUUACUCCCACUCCUCCUACGCCAUCCGUGCCAAGUCCUCCUGAUGUUACUCCCACUCCUCCUACGCCACCUUCCGUCCCAACUCCUUCCGGCUCUCCCCCUUACGUUCCCCCGCCAUCAGACGAAGAGGAAGCAGCAGGUGCCAAAAGGGUCAGGUGUAAGAAGCAGCGCUCUCCAUGUUACGGAGUUGAAUACACUUGCCCCGCCGAUUGUCCCCGUUCUUGUCAAGUGGAUUGCGUCACUUGCAAGCCUGUUUGCAAUUGCGACAAGCCUGGAUCUGUUUGCCAAGACCCACGUUUCAUCGGAGGAGAUGGUCUAACCUUUUACUUCCACGGCAAGAAAGACUCCAACUUCUGCCUUAUCUCUGAUCCUAACCUUCACAUCAACGCUCAUUUCAUCGGUAAACGUAGAGCUGGUAUGGCACGUGACUUCACAUGGGUCCAAUCCAUUGCCAUACUCUUCGGCACUCACCGUUUAUACGUCGGAGCCCUAAAGACUGCCACGUGGGAUGAUUCCGUUGACCGGAUUGCCGUCUCUUUCGACGGAAAUGUUAUCUCACUUCCUCAGCUAGACGGUGCCAGGUGGACUUCUUCCCCUGGUGUAUACCCUGAGGUCUCGGUCAAGCGAGUCAACACUGAUACUAACAAUCUUGAGGUUGAAGUAGAGGGUUUGCUUAAGAUCACAGCAAGAGUGGUGCCAAUAACAAUGGAAGAUUCAAGAAUCCAUGGCUACGACGUGAAGGAAGACGACUGUCUAGCUCACCUUGACCUAGGCUUCAAGUUCCAAGACCUUAGCGAUAAUGUCGAUGGUGUUUUGGGACAGACUUAUAGGUCUAACUACGUUAGCCGAGUUAAGAUUGGAGUCCACAUGCCUGUGAUGGGUGGUGACAGAGAAUUUCAGACCACCGGACUUUUUGCACCUGACUGUUCAGCCGCAAGGUUCACCGGUAACGGAGACAGCAACAAUGGCCGGAGCAAAUUGGAGCUCCCUGAGAUGAGUUGUGCCAGUGGCUUAGGUGGCAAGGGAGUGGUUUGCAAGAGAUAAGACACUCCUCAUUUUAUUAAUAACUACAAUAUACCAUUAUAUAAUUUGGUAAAACUAUAAUAUUAUAUAUAACUUAAUAAAAUGUGUAACAGGGUUGUUUUUUCAAUAACAAUAAUAUCAUCGAGAAAGGAAACAUGUAAUGAAUGAUAUACAUGUAAUUUUAUUUUUCCUGAAUUUAUUAAAAUGUGAAUUUAUAUUAAUUUUCUUUUUGUUUGCUUUACAAAAUUUAGUGAUACAAUGAGAAACUUGUAAUAUAUUUUGACAACAAAAGCAAAAUUUUGUAAAAUGUAUGUCAAAAUAAACUAGAUAGCUGUCAGAGCA